AUGAUCAAUCAGAUGAAGAUGCAUUUCGUACUCAUAAUUCUAACAGUGAUAGUCACUGAAGAUUUUCGUACUCAAGAUGAUGAGAUCGAUCAAUUUUUGAAGAAACUCAAUAAACCAGCUCUUAAAUCUAUCAAGAGUCCAGAUGGAGAUAUAAUAGAUUGUGCUCAUAUGAAGAAUCAUCCUAUUUAUGAUCAUCCUUUAUUCAAAAACCACACUAUCCAGAUGAGACCAAGUUCAUACCCAAAAGGAUGGAACAAUGAAUCUUCAGACCUCGAAAAACAGAGUACAAUAACUCAACUCUGGACAAUUAAUGGAAAAUGCCCAAAAAACAGUAUUCCAAUCAGAAGAACAAAAAAAGAAGAUAUUUUACGAGCAGGAUCAAUCAAACAAUACAUGAAAAAGUAUCCCAACGUCGUCCGUCAACCUAAGCCAGAAAAUUCAACUAGUAACAACUACACACAUGAGUACGCCACCGUUAUUUUGAAAGGAAGGUUUCAUGGAACAAAAGCGUUUAUAAACGUGUGGAAACCUCACGUACAAACACCAAGGGAGUUUAGCCUAGCGCAAUUAUGGCUUUUGGGUGGCCCUAAUGAUGAUGAACUUAAUACCAUUGAAGCUGGUUGGCAUGUGUACCCGAAACGUUAUGGUGAUGACAAUCCUCGAUACUUUAUAUAUUGGACAGCUGAUGGGUACAGGGAUUCAGGUUGCUACAAUCUUGACUGCAAAGGCUUUGUUCAUACCAAUCAAGAAUUUGCUUUAGGUGCGUCAUGUAGUCAAGUUUCUAGUUUGGAUGGUCAACAACAUGAGUUUCCCAUAACCAUAUGGAAGGACCCAGGUUCAGGGAACUGGUGGUUAAGAUCUGGUACUCAUUUAAUAAUUGGAUAUUGGCCUUCUUCACUGUUCAACCAUCUACAAGUCGGUGCGAAUGAAGUUCAUUGGGGAGGCGAAAUAAUCAAUUUUAAUGAUGAUUCACAACACACGACAACGAAAAUGGGGAGUGGACAAUUUGCACAAGAGGGAUUGAAAAAGGCUAGUUAUUUCAGAAAUCUUGAGAUAAUUAAUGAGGAUGACAUUAGUGCACCACCUCUAGGAGAAUCUUAUAUUCAGAUAACACAAGAAAAUUGUUACAAUGUCAAGUCUGAUUAUGAAAGUUCAUGGGGAUAUUUCUUUUAUUAUGGUGGUCCGGGUCGAAAUCCUAAUUGUAUAUGA